UCCUCGUUCGACGCCUCGAAUUGGGAGUCCACGAAGGCGGAGGUGGAGGUCCAGCUGGCCCGGCCCAGGACGAGGGACUUGGCCGAGGUGGAAGGGGCUCGACCGCACACGGCUGCAAGGUGCAGGGGCGACCUGUCGCGGAGGGUGUCGCUCGAGUGCCAGGGGCAACCGGGUUGCAAGGCGGUGGAGGUGGCCGUCAUCUUCAAGGACAACUGGGGCGACCAGGAACUCAUCGGGCUGACCGAGAUCCAGGUCCUGAACGCAGCCGGGGUCCCGAUCCCGCUGAAGGCGAGCUGCGUCCGGCCCCCUCCGCGCGUCAAGGACCCCACGCUCCAACGGUUGGUGAAUGGGCACACGAUGACUCAGGAUCCGAAGCAUAUGUGGUGCCAGUCGUUGGGCGGCCGGGAACUCGGGGUGACCUUUAACCUCGGCCGACCCGAGACCGUCACCGGCUUCCGGAUCUGGAACUACAACACGUCCCUCGACGAUUCCUACCGAGGGGUGAAGCGGAUCCAGGUGAAGCUGGACGGACAGGAGGUCUCACCGCCGCGGGGCUUCCUCGUGAGGAAGGCACCAGGCCACUGCCACUUCGACUUCGCUCAGGAGAUCUCCCUCUCCCCGCGCAACAGGCCCGGAUACAGCGGGGAAGACGAGGAAGAGACGACGGGAAUGCCCUCAGGGUUCAUCUACCAAUUCAACCUGCUUUCGACGUGGGGAGAUCCCUACUACGUGGGCCUCAACGGCAUCGAGUUCUACGACCGGGCCGGGACCAGGAUCCCCCUCGACGCCGACCACGUGGCGGCGUACCCGAGCAGCGUGAACGAGCUGGAGAACGCGGCGAACGACGUGAGGACGCCGGACAAGCUGGUGGACGGCGUGAACGACACGACGGACGGUCGGAACAUGUGGCUCGCUCCCGUCCUGCCUCACCUCAUCAACAAGGUCUAUGUGGUGUUCGACUACCCGGUCACGGUGUCCAUGAUCAAGAUAUGGAACUACGCUAAGACCCCGUCCAGGGGAGUCAAGGAAUUCUCGGUCCUGGUGGACGACCUGCUGGUGUACACGGGGGUGCUGGAGAAGGUGCGGCUGACGCUGGGCAGUCGGAACGGGGUGCCGCACCACACGGUCCUCUUCUCGCCGGACGACAUGCUACUGGUGCAGGAGGCGACGAAUCUUGUCGGGAAAGGGGUAGUGGGCGAAGAAGUGAAGAUGACGAACGAUCAUCGCUUGGUCCGGUCGCCGGGACAGAGGCCGGUCGUCGAUCAGACCCUCCGGCCUCACACCUCCCAACCUGCCCGAACCACUUUCUUCAGGCGAAGAAAGACGUGAAGACGCGUGAUUUCAUCCUGUGAUUCGCGCGGGACGAUCCAGUGUUCGAAGCCUGGUGUAUCUUUGGACCUGACUCUUACAAAACUCGAAAUAUAUAAUUUGAUCUCGAUGUACAAAUUACAGAUCCGUCCAAGGUGAUUCUCGCACUGCAAUUUUCUACUGGAAAUAUUUUUCGAGCACCCAGAAACGCAUGAAAUAAAAAUAAGUACCAUGGGCAAG